AUGGUCAUGGCGAAAUGGAUCAAGAAAAGGGAGAUGAAGCUCGCCCAUUUGGUUGGCAUGGGGAGCCAAAGUAAUACUGCUGAUCCAAUCUCCAGCGAGGACGAGACUCGGAGUCUUCUGCGACCACACGAUCCUGCUACUGCUCGAGGGUACCACACGACGACUCGGAGUAAACCGUCUCCAUUCAUGGCCGGCUUGUCAACAGCGCAAUUCUGGACUAUAUUUUCGCAAAUACUCACAACGCAGUUCCUCUGCUUCUUUGAUACAACCAUUAUGGCAUCCUCCCACCCAAUUAUAACGUCAUACUUUGAUGCGGCCAACUCUGCAUCUUGGCUUUCGACGGCUUUCAUGAUAGUGACAACUGUCUCACAGCCUUUCCUCGGCCGCCUGUCGGACGCAUUCGGGAGGAAGCCGCUUUUUCUCGGUACCAUGGCGAUUUUCUCGGCAGCCACGCUGUGGUGUUCCCUCGCCACAAGUAUAGAAAGCCUCAUUGCUGCAAGGGCAGUCUGCGGAAUAGGUGCUGGAGGCACUUUGUUGAUGGGGAGCAUCAUGAUGAGUGACAUGAUACCUAUCGAACGUCGAGGCACCUAUCUAUCAUAUAUCAACGUUGUAGUCGGCAUCGGUGGCGGGUUAGGGGCCACAUUCGGUGGUGCUAUUGCCGAGACAAUAGGUUGGCGAUGGGAGUUUGGCGUGCAGGUUCCCCCGCUCCUAGUAUGCUUAGGGAUUUCUGCAGUGGUCAUUCCAGAUAACUUGGGCAUACUUGGUGAGAGGGAGUCUGUAAGAGAUGUUUUUAGAGAGCUUGACACGCUUGGUGCUUUCUUGCUUACCCUGGCUGUGUCGACGCUUGUCCUUGGUUUGAAUCUCGGCGGCAAUAUCCUUCCUUGGUCCCAUCCCCUUGUUGUCGCCUCCUUGAUGGUGUUUACCAGCGCUUUCCCAACGUUUCUCCUAAUCGAGUCUCGUGUGGGAAAGCCGAUCAUGCCACUGAGAUUUAUCUCUGUGAGGCCCUGUGCUAAUCUCAUACUUUCCAACUUCCUUGGUGCGAUAAUAUCAAGUGCCAUCCUGUUCAACGUGCCACUAUAUUUUCAAGCCGUGCUUUUAACCAGCGCCACCUCGUCUGGCCUCCAACUUAUGCUUCCGACCAUCGUAGCAUCUGCUACAGGUGCUUUGAUCGGGUUCCUAAUCGCUAGAACGCGGCGCCUGCAUUGGCCACUAGUGUCAGCCGCAGCAUUGUAUCUGUGUUCUGUCAUAUGGCUCAUCUUCAUACAGCGUGGCGCACCGACUGCUGUGUAUUUGCUCGCAUUAGUUCCCUACGCUGUUGCGAAUGGACUACAAUACACUACGACCGGUGUGGCGGUCCUUGCCACUGCUGCGCAUGACGAGCGGGCCAUUAUUAUGUGUACUCUCUCUAUCUGGCGCAGCAUAGGCACCGUCUUAGGCGUCGCACUCAGCAGCGUCGUUGUUCAGAAUGCACUCUUACGAUAUCUCCAUAACUUUGUUCAGGGGCUGCGAAAGGACGAGGUCAUUGCCCUAGCGCGGGCAUCAGUCGCGGCAGUUGCAAAGCUGGACCAACCAUAUAGGGAGCAAGUAGUGCAAAGCUAUGAUGCUGCAUUACGGCUAGGAUUCGGGUCCUGUCUCAUAAUCGCAGUUAUAUCUGCGCUCCUAAUUGUCCCCAUUCACCUGCCGCGUUUGCCGUCGCCUGCAAAGAGCUAG